AUGGUCUUUGUCAAACUUUCUGCACUCCCAGCGCUCCUCCUCGCUGUCUCUGCCAUGGCAGCUCCGGCUCCGGCUCCUCAGGUCGACGGUAGUGCUGUUGCAAGCAGUGCAGCUGCCGCCGACGGCGCCGCUGGCAAUAUCGACAACGCAAACACCGGCGCAGCUGCAACUGCAAGCAGUAAUUCCAAUGCCGGCGCUCCCGUUGCUGCUAACCCCAAUAUUGGUUACUGUACCUACAGCACCGCUGGGGUCCUCCUCCCAGCUGGUGUGCCGAGCGUAUCUCCCGUCACCAACCAAGUGGCGGUCCCCGCACUUCCAGCUGUCAACAAAGCCGGCGCCGUCGACCUUGACACUCUGACCAAGCGUGAGCAAAACCAGAACAUCAACCAGAACAUCAACAACAACCAGAACACUAAUGCCGAUUUCGAUGGUUUCGGGGGAGGGUUCGGCGGGUUCGGCGGGUUCGGAGGGUUCUCACCUUUUGGCUUUGGCUUCUUCAAGCGCGACGAGAGCUCUGCCACAAUGCAAAAGCGCGAUCGCGACUUUGGUGGUGAUGACGACAACGAAAACGAAAACACAAACAUCAACCAGAACCUCAACAACAAUGCCAACGAGAACUUUGGCUUCAAUGGAGGAUUCGGAAACGGCUUCGGCGGGUUUGGCGGAUUUGGAUUCUCCCCCUUCUUUGGAGGAUUCAGGCCCGGCUUUGGAUUCGGAAACGGCUUCAUCAAGCGUGAUCUGUUCGGUGACGGCUUCGACGGCGGCGAUAACUCAAACGUCAACCUAAACACCAACACCAACACAAACACCAAUACCAACGGUAACUACGGUCUUUUCGGAAACGGCUAUGGCUUCGGAAAUGGCUUUGGUUCCGGCAAUGGCUUUGGCUUCGUACCCGGCUUCGUACCCGGCUUCGGUGGCUUCGGCGGUCUCGGCGGACUCGGGUUCGGAAACCGCUUUGGUGGUGGUUAUAUCCGUGCCACCGAGGAUCGUGGAUGCUACAGUGGCAACUGCGACGAUGGCGAUAACUCGAACGUCAACAUCAACAACAACGCCAACACCAACUCCAACUCCGACUUCCUCGACAACGGUUUCGGCGGCUUCGGCUUCGGAAACGGCUUCGGAAACGGCUUCGGAAACGGCUUCGGAAACGGCUUCGGAAACGGCUUCUACAAGCGCGGCGAGGAGGGCGUCGAGGGCACCGAGGGCACUGAGGGCGGCGACGACGAUGACGGCGGCAACGAGAACAUCAACAACAACAACAACGCCAACACCAAUGAGAACGCGAUCGGGAACGGCUUCGGUGGCUUCGGUGGCUACGGUGGCUACGGCGGGUUCUACAAGAGGCAGUACAUGGACAACACCAUGUCACAGCCCAGCAUGAGCGGCAUCUCUGACCAGAACGCUCCCAAGAACAUCAACAACGUCGGCUCCCAGGGAAAGAUGAACAACAGCCAGCCAAAGAACUCGAAGUCAAACAGCGCCUCGAAGUCGAACAAGAAGAACAGCAAGAACUAUGGCAACCAGCAGGGUAACCAGAGGCGCCAGGUCGUCGACUCGACCGCGGCCGCAGCCGCAGCUGAUGCUGCUGCUGCCAAUACCGGAGCUGUAGCUGGAGUCGUCACUCUUCCGCCUAAGCCUGGAUUCGUUGUCUGCAAAUACAACGUUGGCACCGACCUAUACGUGCAGGUGUAA